UCUAUAAAUACCUCUCCAUGCUCUUGCAGCUCUUCAUCCCUCCAUCCUAUUGCUGUCUUUCAUAGCUUUCUAUUCUAUUAAUAACAAACAAGCCUACAAUACAAUGACAUUCUUGCCCAAUACACUUCCCAACCACUUUCUUUCUUUCCCACCCCUUUUACUCUGCCUCAUCAUCCUUGCAUUCCCCACUUUUUUUGAUUAUGCUGCUUUUGCUUCUUCCUUAACUGGAAAACAAGCAACUGAAGCCAUGGCUCUCUUGACGUGGAAAGCUAGCCUUCACAACCAAACUCAAACUCUCUUGUCCUCCUGGGUUGGAACCAACCAUUGCACUUGGCUUGGAAUUCGUUGCAACAAGGCCGGUAGAGUUGCCCAUAUAGACCUUCACGGUUAUGGUUUGAAAGGUACUCUUUCUAAUCUUAAUUUCUCAUCCUUCCCUCAUCUCCUCAAACUUCGACUUUUUAACAACUCACUUUAUGGGACCAUCCCCCCCCAUAUUGGUAGCCUUUGGAGACUCACCUACCUUAGCUUUUCUCUCAACAAUCUCUCUGGAACAAUUCCGACGGAAAUAGGCCAACUAACUAAUCUAAGGAUCUUUUACAUGCGUGAAAAUCAAAUUAGUGGCUCCAUCCCUCAACAAAUAGGAUUGCUCAACUCUCUCAAUGAGCUCAGCUUGUAUACUAACAAUCUCACGGGUUCAAUCCCUUCUUCAAUUGGAAACUUGGGCAACUUAACCCUUCUGCUCCUUUAUGACAACCAACUUUCCGGAUCAAUCCCUCAAGAAAUUGGGAUGCUGAGGUCUCUUCUUCAUCUCGAACUCUUAGGGAACAAGCUCACGGGUUCAAUCCCUGCAUCUAUAGGGAACUUGGGCAACUUAACCACUCUGUACCUUGAUGACAACCAACUUUCCGGAUCAAUCCCUCAAGAAAUUGGGAUGCUGAGGUCUCUUGUUGAUCUCGGACUCUUAGGGAACAAGCUCACGGGUUCAAUCCCUGCAUCUAUAGGGAACUUGGGCAACUUAACCACUCUGCACCUUGAUGACAACCAACUUUCCGGAUCAAUCCCUCAAGAAAUUGGGAUGCUGAGGUCUCUCAUUGAUCUCGAACUCUCAUCGAACAAUCUCACCGGUUCAAUCCCUGCAUCUAUAGGGAACUUAAGCAACUUAGCCGAGUUGCACCUUUAUUACAAUAGGCUUUUUGGAUCUGUUCCCCCAACGUUAAACAAUCUUACACAUUUGACAGAGUUUGAAAUAAGUGAUAACAUGUUCAAUGGUCAUAUACCAGCAGACAUAUGUGUUAGUGGAUUACUUACACAAUUAAUUGCAGAAAAUAAUAAUCUCAAAGGUCCCAUCCCAAAAAGCUUGAAAAAUUGCUCUAGCUUAUACAGAGUUAGGCUUGAGGGAAACCAACUGUCGGGAAAUAUAUCAGAAGAUUUUGGCAUAUACCCAAGCUUGGAUUACAUUGAUUUGAGUCAUAACAAUUUUUAUGGUGAGCUAUCUAAAAACUGGGGAAAAUGCCACAAUUUAACUAGUCUUAAAAUGUCUAACAAUAAAAUUUCUGGUAAGAUACCAUCUGAAUUAGUAGGGGCAACUCAGCUAUCCGUUCUUGAUCUCUCUUCAAAUCAUCUAGUUGGAGAGAUCCCAUUGAAAUUGGGAAGGUUGGUUUCACUGUUCAAACUUAAGCUGGAUGAUAACUAUCUAUUAGGCAAUAUUCCUCUAGAAUUAAGUAAGUUGUCCAAUUUAGAGAACCUUAACUUGGCAGCAAAUAAUCUAAGUGGCUCAAUCCCUACAGCACUAGGAGAGUGCAAGAAACUUUGGAACUUGAAUUUGAGCAAUAAUAGAUUUGGGGAAAGUAUUCCUGCCGAAAUAGGUCGUAUCCAUAACCUUCAAAUUCUUGAUCUUGGUCAUAAUUUGCUAAUAGGUAAGAUACCACAGCAGAUUGGAGAAUUGCAAAGGUUAGAAACAUUGAAUCUCUCCCACAAUGAACUCUCUGGUUUCAUUCCAUCAUCUUUUGAUAAUAUAUUAGGUUUGAUAUCAAUAGAUGUAUCUUUCAAUCAAUUGGAUGGUCCUAUUCCUAACAUCAAAGCCUUCCGAGAGGCUCCAUUUGAGGCACUUAGAGGUAAUAAAGGUUUAUGUGGUUAA